CUAAUCCUUCUCUGCUUUUCUUCUAGCAAGACAGAUUGAACCAAAUUCAAAAUUUGAAUUUGUGUAGAUAUAUAAGGAAGAGAGGGGAAAAUGGCGACUCCAACCAACGACAUGAAGAGUUUCUACAGGCAAAGGAAGAGCAAUAGAGGUGGCAUCACAAAAUCAACUUCUAAAUCGAAGAAGAAAUCGCCCAAACACGCCGCUACUAUCAGCUCUGAUAUCACUCAACCAAAGGCCUUGAUUUCUCAUGGUGCUCCCGAUCUUCAAGAUGAUUAUGACAAACAAGAGGAUGUCUUGAGGCAAUUUGACAUGAACAUGGCAUAUGGGCCAUGCCUUGGGAUGACCCGGCUGGCAAGAUGGGAGCGUGCUCAACGAUUAGGUAUGAACCCACCUAAAGAAAUUGAAGGUAUGUUGAAGAGUGGAAAGGUUAGCUUAGAAUGCCUGUGGGAUGGCCGUGUUUAGAGCUUAAUAAUAAGCUGCUUGAUGUAUUAUUAGAAUAUAACGUAAUGCUAGUUGUUGUGCUUUCUUCAUUUUGUGAUGUUCAUGUUCAGCCUCUGGCUGAUCUCUACUUAUCAGUAUGUUUAUUUGUUCUGUUCUGAUGGACAAAUUACCUUGCUGAUCUUAAUGGAGCGACUUUCUUUGUGAUAUUAUGCGAA